AUGAGUAACAUCCUACCUCCAAAUCUACGCAGAAACGAGGCUCUUCUUAGAGAAUUUGAUAAAAUAAUAGCUACCCCAAGGCUACCGGUUCAUGGAACACUUCCUGCUUUACAGGUGAAUAGACUUAAGUCGAGGAAUCCACCUUUGCGAACAGCUGAACAACUAAAAAGCAGACGUUUUUUACGUAAAAAGAGUCCCAUCCCCAGAGUUAACCUAUGGUACAUACUGGAACAACUUAAUGUGAAUGACUGUCUCAUAAAUUUAAUUAAGUUGCUGUACAACAACAACACAGCUCGUGUUAAGAGCGGUAACAAACUGUCUGAGGUGGCCAUAGCUCAAGAUGAUUUCAACCUUGAAUUCAUGAUGAGCAGGUUAAAUACGGCAUACACGGAAUGGGGCCUUACUGUGAACAUUGAUAAAACGGAAUACCUAGUGACCAAUUCAGAUGAUAAAUUUGACAUUUUUAUUACUGACAAUGCAAAGCUUAGACAGGUUGAAUGGUUUAAAUAUUUGGGGGCACGAGCACUGAAUGGCAUCUGGUGGGACAGAAACAUAAGACCAAACACAAAACUACAUAUUGGAAGAGCCGUAGUGGAGUCCGUAGUAACUUAUGGGUGUGAAGUUUGGACCUUAAAAGCUGAACAAAAACUAGCUUUGAAUGCACUCGAAAUGUACUGUUUGAAAUGCAGUGCGAGAGUAACUAAACUGGACAGAGUUAGGAACGUGGAAAUCAGAGCCAAAAUGGAUGCCACACAGACAAUAGUGGAUAGAGUCGAACAGAGGGGCCUUAAGUGGUUUGGACACUUGCUACGCAUGGAACACCAAAGAUGGUCCUACCGUAUAUACAGAUGGUCACCUCCUGGAAAAAGGAAAAGAGGACGGCCUAGAAGAUCCUGGAAUGAGGCCAUCAGAAAAGUAAUGGAGGACCGUAACUUGGAAGAGGAAGAUGUUCUUGAUCGUAACAGGUGGCGGUUAGGCGUGGGGAUGCGACAUUCAGAAAUUGUAAAACCUUGUAUGCCUCCAGAUGCUGUCCCUCCACUGCUUGAAAUAGGCUCUGUCAUUACAACGGCUCGUUCUGGAACACUUACAGCACCUUUUUCGCAAUCUCUAUUUUAUUGUUGA